GGCAUCUAGACUCUGGACCCUUGGACCAGUAUAUAGCGCCUCGAGGUGCCCGAGCUGUGUGGGCAUGUAUGCAUUAUCCUGCAGGAGAGUAUAGCCCUCCUUGCACUCAAGCUAACACUACCAACAUCGCAUUUUCCUCUGAGCCGUCUGCUGCAGUUCGAGUUGGUGGAGUAAAUUUUCCAUCAUGAAUUUCAAGAGACAUGCAGAAGAGUCCCAAAGCAAACUUGUGUCAGGCAACGUGGCUUUUCAUGCGGAUGAUGAUGAGAUUCAGGAUAUUGUCAUAUUUGGAACGACGGGCUCAGGAAAGAGCUCCCUUAUCAACAUGCUCUUAGAAAGCGAAGAAGCGCCCGCGUCAAACGAUGCAAUAGGCUGCACAGCGACGAACAACGGUUACCUUUUCUCAAUCGACGAGAGGAAAUAUAGAAUAUGGGAUACUCCCGGCCUUAACGAAGGCUCCGAGGGACUUGUCCCUACGAAAGUGGCUCUCAGAAAUUUGAAGUCUUUCGUCAAAGAACUCGUGCGCGACAAACAUCGUGUUCCUCUCUUCAUCCUUUGCAUCGAAGGAUCACUGGAUGUGAAGGCCCAACUGCGUCAUUACAAUAGUGUCAAAUCUACCAUCGGUGCUGCCCCCUUUGCCAUCGUAGUCACGGGUAUGGACAGGUGCUCGUCAAGGCCUUGGAGCGAGUGGUGGGGCGAGCAUUGGGAGGUUUUGCAAUCCUUCGGUGUGGCUAGCGUAAACCAUGCAUGCAUUUGCACAUUGCUGGAUGGUGAUGAGCUGGCUGGUUCUCGGGAUGAGCUCAUCGAGCUCAUUAGGAGAGCUACCCUCCGUCGAUCUUCCAAAUUUAUGCCUGCGAGAAUCCGAGUCCAGCGCAAUAAUGAAGAAAUUCAUGGACGCCGCGACACAGACCCGCUUGUCCCAAAAAGGCAACCCGGCUCGAGUCUCAACGAAGCAGGGUCUGAAGAGGCAUUCUUCGACUGGAAGGGGCUUUUGAUCUGGAAACGACCAUGGACAUGGCGCAGAAUAGUAACUUGCGUUUGCCUUGUCGCCACCAUCGUCCUGGUUUCCCUUUUUGUGGUCUUCCAUGAUCGGAUAGUGCACGCUUUACAGCCUGCAGUGGAGAAGAUUCAUGACUUGAAAUUCGGAUGGCUCAUCCCAAUUGCGAUAUUCUUUGUAAUAUCAUUCCCUCCAUUGUUUGGCCACGAGAUAUUGGCCGUCCUCUGCGGGCUUGUUUGGGGCGCUAUGAUUGGUUUUGCCAUCACCGCAACUGGCACUUUCAUAGGUGAAGUCGCCAACUUCUACACUUUCAAACAUUUCUGCCAAGCUCGCGGAGAUAAGUUGCAAAAAGACAGUGUCAUGUAUGCCGCCCUGUGCAAGGUGAUCCGUGAACGCGGUUUCAAAGUCGCGUUGGUUGCGCGUUACAGUGCUAUUCCAGGGCACCUGACGACAGCCAUAUUCUCAGUGUGUGGAAUGGGGAUAUCUACAUUCAUGCUGGCGGCUGUGCUCUCUCUUCCGAAACAAUUCAUUACUGUUUACAUUGGUGCGAUGCUUGAGAGUGACCCAAACUCAUCUACCGGUUCCACUAGGAAGAUUAUUGCUGAUGUAGUUGGUGUCAUCACACUUCUGGUGACUGUUGCUGCAAUGUGGUAUAUCAACGAGGCAGUAAGCAAAGUGAAGCCACAAGUCAUACAGGAGCGUCAAAAGUCCCGCUAUCAUGAUGUCAUUGCAGACGAUGCCUCGCGAGGGGAUUCCUCCGCCUUCGACGAUAUGUCCGACGAUGUUCGUGACGACAUGUCGCCGUGUGAGGCCCUCAAUAAUGAAAGACAUUCUGAAGAUACACGCGGUCAUGUGGGCUCCAUGCCACUGACCCGUACCCCUACGCUUCCAUGCAUGCCAGAUACCCUGGAAGGUCAACACUAUAGGUUCAACGCCUUCUCUGAUGAUCCGUUCUACGGCCUCUCCACGUCGCGAUUGGUCCCGAGACCAUGAUGACAUCAUGUGCUACGCGGGGUUCGUCUGUCUUCUGUGGCUCGGAUGGAGGGUCCUCCGCAAUAGCACCACUGCACAAUCGAUUAAGC